AUGUCCGAGACAAGACGGAUUCCCGGCGUCAUUAGGGAGCAUAAAGUGUCUUUCUUUUCUUGUUUCACCCGCCUGCCCCACCCUACCCACACGGCUCCUUUCUAUCUUUCGUCUUUUUCGUCGUGGAAUUUGCCUCGACUCCUCCGCUUCGUCGUUCCUUCUUCCACGAUUGCGCAGGCCAAUGGAGCGCCAGGUGUGGCCAUUAAUUUCGCAGCGCGCUGCGGAAAAAGACCGCGAGAUCCGAACAAAGAUUGCUUCCAGUCUGGAACCGCGCGCGGCUCUCCGACCGCGGACUGGAACGAGCAUUUUUGUACGACAAUUAUUCGCGAAGGUGAGCCGCGUCGUUGACACGGAAUUACUGUAAUUCCUCUUUCCAAGCCGUGCACAAAUUUUCCGGCCGUUUUGCUCUCCGUCCUCAACAACAGAGACGCUUUGUCCGUGAUUUUAAUUGUUCCUCCUGUGGAUUUUACCGCGCAUGUUAGAAAAUACUUUCAAGAAUGUAAGUAUAAGAAUCGGCCGGGCAAAAUCAUUUCCCAUUCCCAACAAGAUCAAUGGGUUUUCGGUGAAAUUUUCAAAUUCUAACACCAAUCUUCUAGUUCGCAUUCUCCUUGCACGUGAAUCGUGAAUUCCUCGGGAAGGAAAUUUACAGGAAAACGUAUAAACGUGUAGGAUAUGCAAUUACCUGGGCAGCAGUAAAAUCCAGAGGAGACGGAAAUCAAUGGAAAGCGCUUAAACCAUGUCCACCACCGCCGUCGGGUGGUGCAUCCGGCACGGCUAGUGCUGGCAUGGUUCCAUCGACCGGUGGAGGUCCUGGGAACCCAACAGGAGGCGGCAGGAUGGCCGUCAUCGGUGUGACCAGGAAUGUCAGACUGAGACGGCGUGGAGCAUCUGGAUUUGGCUUCUCCCUUCGUGGUGGCAGAGAGUAUGCAGCCGGAUUUUACGUCAGCGACGUGCAACCUGGCAGCGAGGCUCACCGAAAUGGAUUAAGGGUCGGUGAUCAGAUCAUAAGGGUGAAUGGGUAUCCGGUGGAGGACGCCGUCCAUCAGGAAGUGGCGCUACUGGCAAAAAACCAGCAAGUGCUCGUUCUCAAGAUUCGAACAACCCGAACGAUCCGGUCACUUGGCACAUGGUGCAGCAGCAACAGCAGCAGCUACAAUACAACGAAACUGGUUUGGGUGCCGUUCCGAGCACCGAAGUCAGGAUUCGAAUUCUCGUCGGCGAGAAGGGUCGCCUCGGGUGUGGCGUUUGCAGAGGCAUCGUGCCAGGCCUUACUGUUCAGGGUACCAGGGACGACGGGCCAGCUAGAGCAGCGGGCUUAAAAGCCGGCGACGUUAUCAUUUGGUGCAACGGUCAACGUCUCACGGAUCUUCCAUUCGAGAGAGCCAUCGAGGUAAUGAGAAGCUCCGCCGUUCUCGACUUGAUAGUGCAACGACCCACGCCGAAUCAUCUUUACGACUGCCCCGAACCGCUGUGGACCCGUGGCUCGAGCGGUUACGACUCUGAAACGUCGAGUGUGGCUGCAGCCAGCUCGCAGCCGCAGAAUCCUUCUUACUCGCCGCAGCAUCAUCACGAUCCUAGGAUGCAUCAUCGAUAUCCUCGCGAUGACGCUUGCAACCGAAAUGGAAGUCUCAGGAAUGGACUCGGAAACCGAACAACACCACGGUGAUCCGUAUCAAUCAGAGCCAGAACCAAAACCACAGGUUCGUGGGCGCGGCAGGUCGUCCGAAUUCGCGUGGUAAUUACGAAGACGACAUCGAUAACGAGCCCCUUUACGACCCGGUGGCGCCAAGAAUCGACUACGAGGUUCACGACUUCGACGCCAAUCCGAGAGACGAAGCAAAUCGGCGUUUGGCUUAUCGGAGGGACAACAUGCGGCAACAGGACGUCAUUUACGACGGUCCGGCCGAUGAUAUGCCCCCCUAUCAUGGAGUCACCAAAGAGAAUGGCACGCAGGAUGGAGACAGGAAGACGAUAACGACCGUGGAGAUUCACCAAGCCGUAUGUCCACCAGCACCACCGCCACCUCUUCCUUACAAAUGGCCCGGAGACACGAAGCCAAUGAACGCGAAGGGCAUGCAAAUGGGUAGCACGAUGUCGAUGGGCAGCACAGGCUCGACGGAAACAGAGUCGAGCCUCGAGUCUUCCUGCAGCAAGGAUUCCGCCUCGACCUCUUCCUCGUUGUCGACGUCCUCCUGCGAGCCACCGUCGACCGUUUCGUUCGGCUCGAUCACUGCCACCUCCACCGGGACCAAUAAAACUAGCGACACCACUGUCACUGCACACGCAACGUCCCGCAAUUGCACUACAAGGACAUCGCCGAUAGCCUGCACUGACCUGAGCUCCGCCAUCACUCAGGAAUUGCAGAGGCGGGCGCAGCAGAGGAACAUGAACAACGCCGCGAAAAUGGAAGCAGGGAAGGAAAAAGCUGCGGAGCCUCGGAAGCCACAAAAUCCAGAAGCUCUGAGGGCUCAAGAACAGAAGGUUACGCACGAUAAGGAACAAGAAAAAAGGGUACUGAACACGUCGACGACACCGACAAACAACGUACCGCCGGCACCUCCGGCGCCUCCAGCACCACCGGCGCCACCAGCUCCACCUCCGCUUCCGCUUCUUUCGAAGGCUAAAAAUACCGAAGAUUCCGUGGAGAUGCAAAGCAUAGAAUCAUUCAAAUUAAAAGAGACUCCAAACCCAGUGAUCCCAAAGCCACCGCCAACUUACUUCCCCAUACAGAAUAAUUCUACGGCCACGUCGAACGGAAGUCCCCGACACGUCGCCGGAAAUAAGCCGCAGGUGAAUGGAAAGGAACCGUCGCCGAGUCCUGUGCCGGAAACGACGACGAAAGCGGCCGUGUCUCCGGCAGUUGCAACUCCGGCACAGAACUUGAAGCCAGCCACCGGAAAGGUCGCCAUUAGGAUAGGUGCUUACGAAGGAGAAGCUAAACAACCGUCUAAGCUCGACUUCCUCUCGCAACAGUCUCGAUCAGACAGAAACGGCACGGACGAAUUGGCGAAUGGGCCAGUUGUGUCGAGAUUGCAGAACGAAUUGGCUGCUACGUUGCAAAGAUCGAACUUAAGAAGAAAGACUGACGGGGAAGCACAGUCAAAUAUUAAAACGAUCCCCGAGAACUCAGCUGUGUCCAACAACGAGACAACGAACCCAGAGCCGGGAAAGUUGCCACAGAGUAACGUCGAGAAGCUCGCGUCCGCUCUGAACAACAAAGUCACCAUCAAAGUGAACCCGGAACAUAAUAAUCGAUAA